AUGUCAGGAUCCUGGGCCAAAGACGGCGGGGGCUUUGGUUGUAUUCUGGACUUCCUCAUCAAUAAAGGCUGUAAACUCCGUAGUCCACGGCUUGAUUCCACCGGCGCCGCGGGACUCUCCCACAGCUCAGCGAAUCUACUGAAUGGCCCUGCUUCGGAGGGAGGGGACGGAGUCUGUGGCGACCCAGACGAGGCUGGAACUCUAAGAGGCUGGGUGGGCUUUGGCCAAUGGGUGCAAGGGAUCGAGAGACAGGCGGGGCUUUUCUCGGCCAAUAGGCGGGCGCGCCCUCGUUGCCGCUCUAUGCCGCUCCGCCCUGGCUCGCUGGUCCCAGAAGGCGCCGGGUUUCCCAAGAUGGCGGCCGACGUGUCCGUUACUCACCAGCCCCCGCUGAGCCCGGAGGCUGGGACCGAGGUUGAAGCCAGCGAUGCCGCGGAGCACCGGGCACCCGAAGAAGAGCUGCCGCCACUAGAUCCAGAAGAGAUCCGGAAACGCCUGGAACACACCGAGCGCCAGUUCCGUAACCGCCGCAAGAUACUGAUCCGAGGCCUCCCGGGGGACGUGACCAACCAGGAAGUACACAACCUACUCAGCGACUAUGAGCUCAAGUACUGUUUUGUGGACAAAUACAAAGGGACAGCCUUUGUGACUCUGCUGAAUGGGGAGCAGGCCGAAGCCGCCAUUAGUGCUUUUCAUCAGAGCCGCCUGCGGGAGCGCGAGCUGUCGGUGCAGCUGCAGCCCACGGAUGCCCUGCUGUGUGUGGCCAACCUGCCUCCUAGCCUCACACAGGCGCAGUUUGAGGAGCUGGUGCGGCCCUUUGGCAGCCUGGAGCGCUGCUUCCUGGUCUACAGUGAGCGCACUGGCCACUCCAAGGGCUAUGGCUUUGCGGAGUACAUGAAGAAGGACUCCGCUGCCCGUGCCAAGUCGGACCUGCUGGGCAAGCCGCUGGGCCCCCGCACACUGUAUGUGCACUGGACAGAUGCUGGGCAGCUAACACCUGCCCUACUCCACUCCCGCUGCCUCUGUGUUGACCGCCUGCCACCAGGCUUCAGUGACGUGGAUGCUCUGCGUCGGGCGUUGUCCGCAGUCCACACACCCACCUUCUGCCAGCUGGCGUGUGGCCAGGACGGGCAGCUGAAGGGCUUUGCAGUGCUGGAGUACGAGACAGCUGAGAUGGCAGAGGCAGCACAACAGAGGGCAGAUGGCCUGGCCCUGGGGGGCAGCCACUUGCGGGUCUCCUUCUGCGCCCCAGGGCCUCCUGGCCGCAGCAUGCUGGCUGCACUCAUCGCUGCCCAGGCCACGGCCCUCAAUCGUGGCAAGGGGCUCCUGCCUGAGCCAAACAUCCUACAGCUGCUGAACAACCUGGGCCCAUCUGCCUCCCUUCAGCUGCUGCUCAACCCCCUGCUCCACGGCAGCACAGGGGGCAAGCAGGGCCUCCUGGGCGCCCCCCCAGCCAUGCCACUGCUCAGCGGGCCUGCCCUGUCCACAGCACUGCUGCAGCUUGCCCUGCAGACCCAGAACCAGAAGAAGCCUGGGAUCCUGGGAGACUCACCCCUGGGCACCCUUCAGCCAGGGGCCCAGCCCACCAACCCCCUCCUUGGAGAGCUGUCUGCAGGAGGGGGCCUGCCCUCGGAGCUGCCACCCCGGCGAGGGAAGCCACCACCCCUGCUACCACCACUGCUGGGCCCCUCUGGGGGUGACCGGGAGACCAUGGGCCUAGGUCCCCCAGCAGCCCAGCUUACUCCACCCCCUGCCCCUGUGGGACUCCGUGGCACAGGCCUCAGAGGCCUCCAGAAGGACAGUGGGCCCCUGCCGACGCCCCCCGGGGUCUCGCUACUGGGGGAGCCCCCCAAGGACUACCGGAUCCCCUUGAAUCCGUACCUGAACCUACACAGCCUGCUCCCGGCCAGCAACCUAGCGGGUAAGGAGGCCCGUAGCUGGGGAGGCGCCGGGAGAGGCCGCCGCCCAACUGAGGGCCCCCUGCCCAAUCACCCCACCCCUGGUGGAGGCGGAGGUGGCAGCAAAGCCUUCCAGCUCAAGUCCCGCCUGCUCAGCCCUCUCGCCAGCACCCGACUACCCCCUGAACCAGGGCUGCCCGACAGCUAUGGCUUUGACUACCCCUCGGAUAUGGGGCCUCGGAGGCUCUUUUCUCACCCACGGGAGCCAGUCCUAGGGCCUCAUGGACAUAGCCGACACAAGACGUCUCCCCCACCCAGUGGCUUCGGAGAUCGGAGUGGUGGAGGUGGCGGGGGGCCCCUUUCUCACUUCUAUUCGGGCUCGCCCACUUCCUACUUCACCAGCGGCCUGCAGGCUGGCCUCAAGCAGAGCCACCUCAGCAAGGCAGUCAGCUCCUCCCCUCUGGGCUCCAGUGAAGGGCUCCUAGGCCUGGGCCCUGGGCCCAAUGGCCACAGCCACCUCUUGAAGACCCCACUGGGCGGCCAGAAACGCAGCUUUGCUCACCUGCUCCCCUCACCUGAGCCCAGUCCGGAGGGUAGCUAUGUGGGCCAACACUCCCAGGGCCUUGGUGGCCACUACGCAGAUUCCUACCUGAAGAGGAAGAGGAUUUUCUAAGGGGCCAGUACUAGAGAUGCUCAAGGGCCUGCACCAAAUCGCUUUUGGGUUUUCUGGUGUUUUGUUUUGUGUGUGUGUGUGUGUGUGUGUGUGUGUGUGUGUGUUUGUGGGUUU